AUGGAAGACACUACAUUGAAACGAAAAAGAGGAACGAGUAUUCAACCCCGUUGGUACAACCAAGCAUAUUUACUAUUUUUAGCGCUACGUCAACAUCCAGAAAAUAGUCUACCUCGUAUACAACUUAUUGAUGCUGCGAUUGAAUUAGACAAAAAGAUUGGUGUCGAGUUACAAUUACCCAGAGUCUUUCGAGGCAAAACGCCAAAAAACUCCGCGUCUGCCACGUUGACAAACAAUAGUGAUCGUUACUUUAUCGCCUUCAAACCAGAAGGUUCUAAAUCCACGCAUUUCAAACUCGCUUACACCCCUGGAAAUGUUGGGGAUGCUGUCAAAGAAUACAACAGUUGGUGCACUAAACUUGUAGAACACGAUUGGCCUUUUUGCUUUGGUGUGCCUAAACAACAGAUCGAACCUCACUAUCAUACUCCAGUUUCGCAUACCGAUGAUUCCGAUUCGAUAGAUGCCAUGGAUAAAGACCUUGUACACCUUAAGUUGCAUGAUCAAUCACCCUCGGAAAUUCAGCCUGCGGUAGAUAGCUCGAUUAUCAGUCAAAACGAGGAAGAUAAGGCUGAUACAGUAACCAUAAAAACAGCGGAAAUUACAGACGACACAAAGAUGAAUAAGGAUAUGGAAGAUGAUUCGGAAACAGAGGAAGGGGAUCAUACUAUGGAGGAUCCAGAUACAAAACCAUUUAUUACACUGGAACAACUUGACCUGAGCAACAUCCCACAGAGUUGGCGUGAUAUUGUUCGAGUGGCUCCAUCAAGGAUCCCGUUUGGAGGUAAUGGAUUAUUUGCGAAACGUAAACUUCCUUAUAAUACUCCGAUUGGAUUUUAUUUUGGAGUGCCCAUGACAGAAGACGAAUUUGAUUCGCUCAAAGACCGAGUGGGAAGAUCCAGCGAAUAUUCCAUCAUGUACCGUCGUACAGUACUAGACGCGACAGAUGACGAAGGACAACCCAUCACAGAUGAAGACAGCCCACGGUUCUGUCCAUUUCAUUACAUGAACGAAACGUCAUCACAAAAGACAGCUUCAGUGGCAUUUGUGGAGGGAGCGAUUGUGAAUCAAAUCAUCUGUUGGACUAAAAAAGACAUUGAGGAAGGAGAAGAAUUACUCGUGUGGUACGGUAAAGAUGUGCAUCGUUAUUGGACAGAAGAAGAAGAAGAAGCCAAUCGAAAGAAGGAACACAAGGAAAGUAAAGUGGAAAAAACACGUCUGGUACAAGAGCGAAAGAUGGAUCGAUUACUUCAACGCCAGGAAAGGGAAAGAGCUUUACAGGAGAAAAAGAAACGUAAAGAAUUAAUGAAGCUGGAUAAAUUAGAACAGGAACGUAUAAAGAAAUUAAAAAGACAGGAGAACAAAAAGACCAAGAAAGUGGUUGUGCAGGAAGAGGAAUUGUUAGUGCCUGAAAAAGGUCAAUUGAUUAUCGUGGAUGAAUCUGGUGCUUUUUUCUCACAGGAUGAAUUGGACCAACAGCGACUUUGUACCACACAACCCAUGAAGGACAUCAUUCUCGUCAACUACAGCGAAUAA